UUCUUCUUCCUAAGAGCGCGCCUCUGUUUCGCCGGUUCGUUCCCUCAGCUCUCUUAGACCUUCUCACGCGCCUUCGUUUUCUAUCUUAGUUCUUCUCUGAAUAAGCUACUGUCUAGCCAUGGCUCUUCCGCUCGGGAAGCUCACUAUCCUCAUCGGUGCAGGUCUUGUUGGGUCAGCAUUUGCUAAAGAAGGGGGCUUACUAGAUGUCUCGAGUUUGGUCUCGGGUGCUGUUAAGAUGGUAUUUAGGCAACUGAAACAGGAAGAACCUAGCAAAUCAGCUAGCAAUCCCCGCGAUGAUGUACUUGCGGCCCAGGUUAACAGUAUUAGGCAUGAAAUACAGUUGCUGUCUUCAAACAGACCUAUCACCAUUGUUACAACACCAGGAUCAGGUGGCAGAAAGUAUGGUUUGAUCAUUAUUGUUGGGGUGAUAGGCUACGGAUAUGUGUGGUGGAAGGGCUGGAAACUUCCAGACUUAAUGUUUGCGACAAGGCGUAGUUUAUCAGAUGCAUGUAAUAAGGUUGACAAACAAAUCGAUGGUUUUCACUCAUCGCUCUCGGGUACAAGACAGGAGUUAAGUUCAAACGUAGGCAGGAUCGGUUGUCGUUUGGAUGCAAAUAUGGAGGUUAUUGAAGAAACAGAACGAGGGGUGACUGAAUUACGGGAUGUUACAACAGUUAUAAAGGAUGACAUUAAGUCUGUUUUCGAUGCCGUUGAAACUCUGGCUAAUAAAGUCUAUCGCAUUGAGGGAAAUCAGGAUAUCACGCUGAGAGGAGUUGGGGCUCUGCAUGCUCAAUGUCGGGAGAACCAAAGAAUGCAAGAGUCUAAUCAGGCUUUGCCAUCAACUUCGUCAUUGCCUGCCCUUGAGGGAGCUCCUAUAACACCAUCUUCAAGGACUCUGUCUUUGCCACCUGUUUCUCCUGAUGAAUCCCAGUCGCCAUCAACUCCUAAAGGGGCUAAACAGUCACACAGUCCACUUCAGCACACUCAGUCUAUGUCUGGUUUGAAGGACAUAAGUGAAAGCUCUAUCAGCCGCGAGACAUUGUCAAAUGGAACAAGUUCUGGAGGAAACGGUGUAUCAGGCAUGAGUUCGGGAAUGCUGAGUAGGUUCUCAAUACCAAGAAUAGUGAGGAGUCGUACUACGGUCAACACAGUAGUGCCUACUAAGUACUAACUGAAGAGAGUCUGUUUAUUUAAUAAUUAGUAGGAUUAAGAUUAACAAACAAGAAGGGGGCAUGUUGUAUCUAAUAGAGUAUUUGAAUAGAUUUUUAACCUUUUUUAGCUUGCAUCGAAACAAUGCCAUAAAUGUUAAAUAGUUGUUUUGUAGGGAUGCAGCAUAUAUUCAAAUGGGUUAUUUAUCACACUUUCGUUGCUGUGUUUUAGAAUACAAGAGGGUCACGAUGAUUCCUUUGA